UUUACAGCGGCGUCAACAUCUACUCUGCGCACAUUUCAACAAAAUUCCGUUUUGUUCGGUAGUAAUACGUUAUAAAACAUUUAGCACUGUGUAAUUUAAACAAGUGUGUGGUAAUGAAGCUGUUUACAAUUUGCAACAAACCAAACAGACGUUAGCUACAACGUACUAACUCUGCUGCGUUUCGCGUUCCCCCUCCACGCCCUGCAUCGACAACUAGGCGCUGCGCCAGGAAUAGCCCAAUAGGCCAAUACAGCGACAGCAGCUAUGGACGUUGUUUGUGUAAUUGAUACCAUUGUGGGCGAUCAUUUAGAGGAUCGCCUCUGUGCCCUAGAGGAGGUCAAACAGGCCGUACAAUCUGCUGGUGCAAAUUUUCAGCGUGUGCAGUUCGAGCGGUUGGAUUUCGGCGAAACGAAUGUGCUGGAAACAUUCUAUAAUGCCGAUGUAGCCGUAAUCGAUUUAAGCAUAUUAACCCAGCAGCGUCCACUCUCCUACCACUAUGGAGUGCGUGAAAGCUUUGGCAUGAAGGAGAACAUUUUAAUCUACAACGAUUUGGAGUCCAAACAGACGCUCAGCCUAAAGCUCUCCUGUGCCAACUACCUAUUUCUCAGCUAUAAACGCAACGCUGAGACCAAUACCUGCAGUCUAACAAACCAGGCCAGCAAUAAGGAGCAAGCUACUGAUGGGCGUGUACCAACGACAUUGCAGUCGCGUCUCAAGCGCAAGUUGCAAGAUGUUGAAAUACAAUCAAAGGCACAUAUGCGAGAAAAAUUUCUCAGUGAUAUGAGGGCGGCGCGUGAUGCCUACGCGCCCAGCGAUGAUAAGCUGAAGAGCAUUCUACAUGGGAUGCGUAAACGCCUGGACGAUCCACACGUUCUCUCUGGCGAGGUAUUGCACAGUUUUAUGUGCUCCCUGCGGGAUGUGCAGGAUUAUGAUGCGAUGGUGCGUCUGGUGAAUGAUUUGAAGAACAUACCAAAUACACGCAAAUAUGUGGAGACAGGCAACAUGAGUUUUUUGUAUGCGUUUGCAUUAAAUCGACGCAAUCGACCUGGAGAUCGAGAGAAAGCACUGGAAUCAUCACUCAAAGCGCUCGAGAAGAAGGAGAAUCACUUUCCGGACAUGUUAUGCCUGUGCGGACGCAUUUACAAAGAUAUGUUUGUCGAGUCGGACUGUACGGAUAAGAAGAGUCUGGAGAAUGCUAUCAAAUGGUAUCGCCAAAGCUUCGAAGUGCAGCCUAAUGAAUAUGCAGGCAUCAAUUUGGCCACACUGCUAGUGAUCGAGGGAAAGGAAUUUAGCAAUACAGUUGAGCUGCAGCAUAUUGGCAUGACAUUGAACAAUCUCAUUGGCAAAAAGGGCAGCUUAUCUACGCUCAAUGGCUACUGGGAUGUGGCGACCUUCUUUGAAAUCUCUGUGCUAGCCGAAGACUAUGUGAAAGCCAUCCAAGCUGCCGAGUGUAUGUUCAAGCUGAAGCCGCCUGUUUGGUCGCUAAAAUCAACUAUUGGCAACAUAUCGUUAAUACAUCGCUUUCGGCGGAAGCCCGAGGAUCGACAGCUGCCCAUUGAGGAACAGGCUUUUCAGUUCUGGAUGGAUUUCUUUCUGGAGGCCAUUAAUGUCAAUGAGAUUAAUAGCAUACGUUUUCCCAUAUUGAUACUCGAACCUAACAAGAUUUAUAUGCCCAGCUAUGUGACCAUAAACAUGGACGCUGAUGAGAAAUCCAUACAGAUUGUUAACAUUUGCCUGGCUCAUUCGAAGAAUGCCUGCAAGAAACUGCACGACUUCUUAUUUGUUGCUUCGAAAAUCAAGUCGGUUAGUCUGUACAAACGGGACGAUCUCUGUGCUUAUCUAUAUGUGCAUCACAAUUCGGACGAUUUUCAAAUCUAUUUUCCAUCCACCGAGUGCCGGCAAAGCUUCUAUGACCGCAUAUUGGAAAUGACUGCAGAUCAGGAGGUCUUUGUAAAUCUGGAGACUGAUGAGGCGCAAAUCGAGUAUGAGUACGAUUACAAUGAUCAGAAUCGCAAGAUUACGUUGGGCAAGGGCACCUAUGGAACGGUAUAUGCUGCGCGGGAUAAACAGACGCAAGUUCGCAUUGCCAUUAAAGAAGUGCCGGAGAAGAACUCACAGGAUGUGCAGCCGCUGCACGAGGAGAUCAAGCUGCAUUCGCAGCUGCGUCAUCGCAAUAUAGUACAGUAUUUGGGCUCACGCUCGGAAGAUGGCUUCUUCAAGAUCUUCAUGGAGCAGGUGCCCGGUGGUUCGCUAUCCGAUUUGCUAAAGACCAAGUGGGGUCCACUCAAGGAUAACGAGUCCACCAUGGCCUUCUACUCCAAGCAGAUACUGCAUGGUCUCAAGUAUCUACACGAGCAGGACAUCGUGCAUCGCGACAUAAAGGGCGACAAUGUACUUGUUAACACGUACAGCGGCGUGGUCAAGAUCUCCGAUUUUGGCACUUCGAAGCGCUUGGCACGCAUCAAUCCCAUGACAGACACAUUUGCAGGCACCCUACAGUACAUGGCACCGGAGGUCAUCGAUCAGGGCGUGCGUGGCUAUGGACCGCCCGCAGAUAUCUGGUCCUUUGGCUGCACAAAUGUUGAAAUGGCCACGGGCAGUCCUCCUUUCAGCGAACUGGGCAAUCCACAAGCAGCCAUGUUCAAGGUAGGCUUCUACAAGAAGCAUCCCAACAUACCGGAGGAAAUGUCCACAAAUGCCAAGAAUUUCAUACUGCGUUGCUUUGCCAUUAGCGUUCAGGACAGACCUUCUGCGCUACAGCUACUCGAUGAUCCUUUUCUCACAGACAAACCGCGCAAGUUGCGACCUGCUUUGCCCAUCAACACGUCGGAGUUUGGGCGCAGCAUCUCUGUGCCCGCGGAUCGCUUGGUGCACAAAACAGCUCCACCUUUGACUUACCAUACUACAUCGAAUACGCCCACCACGCCGGAAUUGGACGUCCCGCUUGGAACUGCUUCGGUGGAUAUUAAUGAGCUAACUAGCACACAGAAUUUCAUCAUUGAACGUCGCAAUUCAUCUGGCUAUUUGCUAUCGCCAGAGAUUGAACCACAGACGCCGUCGCUACGUACCAGCAUAAGCGAUACGAGCGAAACGGAUGGGUUUUAUCGUUUAAAAAAAGACUCGCAGCGGCGUGCCACUCUGUCCAAGGUACUGAUGCUGGACGAAUCAAAGAUCUGUGAGAUUUGGGAGAAGAAGAUCAAUGCAGAUCAAAACUUCAUAGCCAUACGUAAUAGUGAUCUGGUGCUGCUAAUACGCGGUCUGCGUGAUUACAUUUCAAAUGAGAACGAGAAGCAUCUGGAGGCGACCAUCAACGAACUGAAACAGAAGCUAGAUAACGAUACCGUCGCAUUGGAUCACCUGCAUUUGGCGUUAUACUCAUUUCAGGAUGCGGUCGUGUAUGCGCUGCGGCUGCACUGCAUCAAGCCGCAUUGGAUGUUUGCGUUGGAUAAUCUAGUUAAGCGUGCCGUGCAAGCGGCUGUCACCAUAUUCUCACCUGAACUGGGCGCCAAUUUGGCGGAUAAGGAUUUGUCGGGUAAUGAUGACGAGAGUGUACAUAAUGCAGGUCCACAGUCAACUCCUGACAGUCAAGAGAAGCUGCCAAAUGCAAUUGAUAAGGCGCAGGCCAGCAGUAACAGCGGCACCGAUCAAUUGGAUGGAAUGAGCAGCUCAGUGGAGUGUGUGCGUAUUUUGCGGGAUAUACGUGACAAUCAAAAGCAGCUGCAGUUACAGAUUAUGGAGCAGAACCGCCAGAGCCUGCGUGCACUGCACAGCAUCAGCCAGGAGCUAGCCCAUAUCUAUAUGGGCGGUCGGAAGCGAUUAAGACGCACCUUCAACGGCUUCAACAAGAAGUGCCAUAGAAUGAGCCCGAGCGGAGCGGGCAAUGGUGCGGCCCGUCCAAUCCAAAAUGCCAAUGCCCGCCGCCAGCUAACCAAGCACAAUUUUGGUCUGCAUGAGAUAGACGAGCAAUUGGAGCAGUGGCUAGCGCAGCAUGAUAUCGAUGAAUUCUCAAAGACGCUCAUACUGAAUGAAGGUUUCACUUUUGAGGACUUCAUCUAUAACAUGGAGAAGCUGGAUCUAAUGCGUCUGGGUCUGCGCGUUGGCAUCGAGGUGCGUUUGUGGAAACUCAUAAUACAGGAACGUGCCUGUACUUCGGUAUGCGUGGAGAGUCCAACCGACCCAUACGACAAGCCCGUCAACAAUAAUACAAUCACAACAAAUGCAACUGAUGAAGAUAUUAUAAACCUCGCCAAGGGCAAGAUGAAAAAGAGCGAAAGCGAAUACGCUUCCUGCAGCGAAUGACUAAGCCGCCCCAGAAACCAAUUGGAUUUAGAGUAGAAGAAUAAGAAAAAGAGUGAGAGGGAGAGCAGAAGGAGAAGGAUUGUUGUUGUUUUUAACUGAUUCUGUUUAAUUGUAAAUGUUGUCAUAUUUUUUCGUGCUGCUACUAACAGUUGCAAAUGCCUAGCAUUAAGUUGAAAGUUUUUCAAACGCCUUAAAAUGAAUUUUCCACGCCCACACAUAAAUUGUAUAUA